CUAACCGCCACCCAAAAACAGAGCAACUAUCUAGCAUCCAUCCGGCUAAUGGCAUCCCUCACCACGAACGCACUGUGCGUCCCCACCAUGGCGGCGGCAGCUGCACCGCGCCUCCACCGCCGCAGCCUCGUCGUGGCCAGAACUUCUGCGGCCAAGCGUGACGAGCACCAAGAUCGGCCGGCAGCCAAGGUUGCCGCCGCCGGCGGGCGACGCCAAGCCAUGGUGUUGUUCGCCGCCGCCGCGGCCAUCACUGUCUCGACAGCAGCCGCUGGCCAGUCCGCGAGAGCCGCUGUGUCCACGAAGACCGGGCAGUGGGCGGAAAUAGAGAACGUGACGGACCCUUACGUUCAGGAUCUCGGCAAAUGGGCUGUCACGGAGCACAACAAGCAGUCUGGGGAGAGUUUGGAGUUUGGUAAGGUCGUCAGAGGCAGGCAGCAAGUCGUCGCGGGCAUGAACUACAGUCUCGAGAUCGAAACGAAGGGACCGGCCUCCCGUUUCUACGAGGCGGGUCUGUUUGUUUACCUGCCGCCGGAGAAGCGUCAGCUCAAGUCCUUCACGCCCUUGCUUGGGUGAUGGGAACAGGUUGCUGCAAGCUGAGGAGGGUCAUUGCAUGCUCUGAGUCUCCCUGAUGUGUGUGUUUGGGCCUUGCCACUGUUCCCCAAUGUCUAAAGUCGUAUGUGGUGUUCUACUAAUAAUUUAGUUUUGCAGAAUAAAGGGAACAAAUUAAAGUUGGCUUGUGUUUUUCUUUUU